AUGGCUAGAAGCAGCGUCUCAGAGAACGAAAUUAUCAGGAAAAUAAAUGCGAUAAAGCUGAAGGAUGGAAAAAGCCCCCCCUCCGUGAGCGUGAAGAAUUACACCAAAAUUAUCGCCCACAAGUUGCGAAAAAAUAGGGAGGGAAUUAUUUCCUGCAAGGAACAGAUUCGCAACCUGGAGUUUCUAACCAACCGGAUGCACACCGAACUCUCUCAUGGAAACAAAGAAUUAAAAAAAUUAAAAAAAAAUAUCAUAAAGUCUGAUAUGCUAAAUGCUCAACUGGAGCUAAACAUCAUGACCCAAAUGAGGAAGAACAAUUCACACACAAGUAGAAUCUCCUUUUUAAAAAAAAAAAAAAUGAACAUUAACAAGGAGAAGGGCAUUAUCGACAGUGACAUUAACUACAUGGAAACGAGAGUAACCAUGAUAAAGCAGAAUGUCGAAGAAAAUGAAAAGAAAUAUUACAAAUUGAUUGGUGCUAAGGACAAACUGCACAACGAAAUGCUCAAGUUUAAAAAGGAUCGAAAGGAUUUGCAGCACCAUUUAAAUCACACCAAGAGGAAUCAUGAUCUUCUGAAAAACCAGAUGCAAAAUUUUAUCGUAAACAUGGGCCCAUAG